AUAAACCCAUCCUUAAUUUUCAAAGGGCUACUGCUUAGCAACAUGAAACAUGAAACGCUUCAUUUUAUAGUUUGUAACUUAACCCAUGGAUUUCAAAAUUGAAAAGGAUGCAGUCUGAACCACGAUAAUACUAUAUUGUCCCAGCUGUGCUUGGGGUGUGUAGUUGAAUUCACAAGGAAGUAUCUGAGUUAUUUGAAAUAAUGGACAGUGAACUAUCAAAUAUAUUGAUUUGGAGAAUUCUAUGAUAUGUAUGUUACAUAGAUGUGAGCCCAUACUGACGAUGUACGCAGACAUUUUUGAAAAGCCGGAGGGACAGAAUUGGUUAAAACAAUGGAGGGCAGUGUUUAUAACAAGAAAGGCCCUCCUGACAACUGUCUCAACCGAGGCCAAGAAUUUCCAUGGAUACCUUUUGCAAGAAGCGCAUAAAAACUCUAAAUUGAAAUGCACCAACAUAUGCACUUCAAAAAGCUGUCUAUUUCAUACGUUUUUUCGCGGUGAGCUGCUCAAUAUGCAUGCCCGCGGAUCAUUGGCAAUGAAAAACACAAAGACAGAAAACUGGUUUCACUCACCAUGGGAGAUCGCCAAGGUGUUCAUGCCGCCAUCUGGCUACCUGGACAAAACCACAAUUGACGAGACCGAUUUUAACGGCAUUGCUGGAUUCAUCAUCAACUGCAAGCGUUUCCAGGGAAGGAUCACAGACAGUAUUUGUGAAAAGGCUCGGGAAGCGGUCAACAAUAUUCGGCACAUGCCAGACAUGUGUGCCAGCGUCCUUACUGACCAGGCCACAACCGAAUGUAUAGAUAACCUGUGCCUUCUACUAAAUGAACCGGGACUGAAAAAUCUGCCAGAGGUGGUACAGGCUCUAAAGGAAUUGGACAAGCUGAAGACCGAAGACCUCUCCAAAGAUGAAAAGAUAUGCAAGUAUAUUUGUCAUGAGUUUAAGGAUGAAUCCCAUCAGAGGCUUGGCGAUAUUGAAAUGAAACUCGAAUCAAUGGAAAUUGAUACCCAAACCGCUAUAGAUAGUAUACACACAGAAGGCGACAGAAUCCAGAAAAAUCUAGGGCUUCUUUGCGAAGUAUUUUCUUUUGAUUUAUCAAAACUCAAAAAUGAAAUUCUCCUGUCGAUAAAUGAAGAAAAAGAACGUGCCAUUGAUCAUAUAACAGAACACAUUAAACAAUCUGUAACAGAUGGUAAAACAACGAUUGAACAAUCAGUAGAAAAAGGGCAGAGAGCGCUUGAAGAUAAGAAAGAAAUACUUGUGCAGCAGUUGCGUAAAGAAGUGGACGAAAAUCUACAACAAAGGAAACGCGAUUUACAGAAACAGUUGCUAAACCAUUACCAAGCAACCGAUGCUGUCAGAAUUAAAGUCCGAUUGGACUUUGAUGCAGCUGUAGAGGACAUAUAUGAAAAGCCAAAACUAAAGAAGACCAAGAAAGACAAAUAUGGUAAAAUAACAGAGGAAUAUAUAUUAAAAAUAGAUCAGAUAUUUCUGAGUGACAAUGACAUGAUGGCUAAAACAAUAUUUGUGGAGGGAGAACCGGGCACAGGGAAGUCCUCGCUGUGUAAAAAGAUUGUCGAUGACUGGUGCAAAUUGAAGGAGGACGGAACAGGGGAGACAAAAGAAGACAGCCUGUUAAGCCAGUUCGUGUUCUUAUUCUACAUUAGGCUGCGAGAAGUUGAAGAUCGAUGCAACAUCAAGGAUAUGAUAUUGCAGUGUUUGAUUGAACAGAUCAAUUCAGAUUAUAAAGAGUCAAAAGAACUGUUAGCCGAGAUUUUAAAUCAGAAUAUUGUCUUCUUCUGCUUGAUGGUUUAG